AUGAGUUCAGUAUGGAAUAGGGACCUUCUGCAUAGAUUCUUCGCUCGAUCAAAGCAAAAACCAACAGAAGAAAAACCGGAAACUGUGAGAAAUUGUACGUUCUGAAUCGAUUGUUGAAAGUAAAUUCAAUUUCCAGGCAGCUACGCAAUUGUGCGGAACAUUCCAAGCGAAUUACAUUCGAAAGACCUCAGAAAGUACUUUGGAAGAUUCAUAGAAGCCGGAAAAUUCGAAUGUUUCCACUACAGACAUCGGCCCGAGCUCCAGGCAGAAAAAGUAAGAUUUUUCUAACUCUAAAGGUUGAAAACUGAAUUUCCUGUUUCCAGGCUGGAGAAGAAGCUUCAAAACGUGACACGUGUUGUUGCUUGGUAUCGCUGAAAACUGAUACGGACCGGGAAGAGUUCAUCAGAGAGUUUCACAAAAGAAACUGGCAAAACCAGAAAGGAGUGGAAAUAGCGAGAAGAUGUUUUGUGGAUCGAUUGAAAGUGCAAGGAUUCGGCGGAGAAAGCAGUUCGAGUGCAGUUUCCGAAGCCGAUUUGAAGGAAAUGAUUGAACUGAAGCCUCCGACUGUGAUGCCGAAUGGGAACAUCGGCACUCCCAGCGAGUACUUCCUCGAGCAAAUCCGUCUGUGCCGUCUGCCCGCAAGUGUCAUCACCAAACUCGGAAUCCAGACGCAGAAAAGACCGAAAAAGUUUGGAGAAGUGCCGUUUGAGUACGAAACAGCGUCGGCGCAGUCGAGUAGCAAAUACGAAACAGUGGAGGAUGUUCCCGAUGAGCCAGAAGAUCCUACUGAACGAAUUCGGAGAAAUCAGAAUCCGAAAGACAAUGAUGAAGGGAAAGACGACGACAAUGAUCAGUGCGAAGAAUGGGAGCGCCACGAGGCACUGCACGAAGACGUCACGGAGCAGGACAGAACGAAAGCGAAGAAGUACGAAGAGGAAAUGGAAGUGACGUGGGAGAAAGGAGGACCCGGACUCGUGUGGUUCACAGAUAAGAACUAUUGGGAUGAAAGGGAAAAAGGUACGGAAAGAAAGGGGAGAAAAUGGAAAAACUGGGCAAUGAUUUCAGGAACGGAUUGCGAUUGGGCUUGGGCAGACGAUUGGGACGUCGACUAUUCGGUGUACUACGAAGGAAAGUCGGCGGGUGAUAUGGACGCGAAGGCGGCCGUCGAGAUGAGAAACGACGAGCUGAUGCGGUUUGGGAACUCCCAGAGUCGGCGCCUUUCAUCUAUUUCUUUCAGUGAUGGGAAGAUGGAAACAUCCGUGUUCACGAGGAAGAAAUCGGGCGCUCGGUCGAUGGGAACCGCCCGAAAAAGGCGACACAGUGAUGGAGAUGCGGAGAGGGAACGAGCGACGGAGAAUCUGCACAAUGGAGUUGGAGGAACGAUGCUGGCAAAGUGAGACAGCAGAACUGCUCCAUUGAAAACUGAAAGUUUCAGAAUGGGAUGGAAACCAGGCAGUGGUCUCGGCAAAAACGAGCAGGGAAAAGUCGUGCCCGUAGCUGUGUAUGUGGAAGAAGACGGUCAGAGCAGCAAGGAAAAGAUCGGCUUCGGGUAUCGAGGCGAGAAACUGUCGAGAACGGUGCAGAAGCAGCCCGUCAAGCAUCAAAUCGCUUCCGUGUAUGUUUUAUCGCAUCUUAAAAACGCAUGAGUCACAUUCAUAUUUUUGAAUUCAGAUUCGACAAGAAGACCGACCAAGGUAGCAGUUGUGACAAAGAGACCGGAGACACCACAACCAGCGAAAUACUCUUCAGAAGGGCUGAAGUCACUAAAAUGAAAUAUCGGGAGUAG